AUGUUUAUUCAACCCCCAAACUUGUUGUUCCUUUCAGCACCAUUACGUGGAAGUUCGACUGACAUUCAUCCGAGCGCCAAAUGGCAACAUAAUGGCAUUACUGUGGCUGGAGGAAAUGGACCUGGCUAUGGAAUCAAUCAACUCUAUUCUGCAUGGGGUUUGCAUGUUGAUGAUGAUGAAACUGUCUAUGUCGCUGAAGUAGCAAACCACCGUAUUAUGGAAUGGAAACGGGGUGCGACGGGUGGUCAAGUAGUUGCCGGUGGAAAUGGACAAGGAAAAUGGGUGAAUCAAUUGUCUAACCCCCGAGAUGUGAUUGUCGACAAAGAGAAAGAUAGCCUCAUCAUUUGUGAUAAUACAAAUAGAAGAGUGGUUCGAUGGCCUCGCCGAAAUGGGACAAGUGGAGAAACGAUCGUUCCGAUCAUAGAUUGUUGGAGUUUGACGAUGGACGGAAAUGGAUCUCUCUACGUAACUGAAGUUAGAAAAGAUGAAGUGAGACGAUAUCGAAGAGGAGAAUCUCAAGGGACAGUGGUUGCAGGUGGUAAUGGACGUGGAAAUCGUCUCGAUCAACUCUCUGAUCCACAAUACAUAUACGUCGAUCGAGAUUAUUCAGUGUACGUGUCUGAUUGGGGAAACGAUCGUGUCGUGAAAUGGACGGAAGGUGCAAAACAAGGCAUUCUUGUGGCUGGUGGUCAAGGACAAGGAAAUUGUCUUACGCAAUUGUCGUAUCCGCAAGGAGUCGUUGUCGAUCAAUUGGGUACUGUCUAUGUCGCUGAUGAAGGAAAUGAUCGAAUCAUGCGUUGGCCCAAAGACGCCACACAGGGCAAUGUCAUUAUUGGUGGUAAUGGUAGAGGAGGACAGUCAAAUCAACUCAAUCGUCCGCAUGGUUUAUCAUUCGAUCGGCACGGUAAUCUCUAUGUCGCUGAUGUGGGAAAUAGUCGAGUACAAAAAUUCAAUAUGGAUUCAAAUGCAUAA